AUGUUGUUGUCUUAUACACAUCGAAAGGCAAUUUUUUGUCUUUUGAUUUUGUUCUGUUUUAAUGAUCAUAGUCAAUGUAUUGAUGAAUCGAAUUUUUUUAUUUAUAAAAAUGGUAUUGAAUUACCAAAAGAAGAUGAUACACAUUCAGAACAAAUUAUUCUUUCACCUGAAAUGCCAUUUAUUACAACAAUAUAUGACAGUGUUUAUAUUAAUACAAAUGGUUUUUUAUCAUUUUUAUUACCAAUAGCAUAUUUUUUUCCUCAAAUAACAUUGACAAGUUAUAGUGGAUAUGCAAUUAUUGCACCGUUUUGGGCUGAUAUUGAUGCGUCAAUUACAAAUGGUUCUAUAACAUAUAAAUAUACAAAAGAAGAAGAUUUACUUAAAAAAGCAAAAGAAUUAAUUCAACAAGGUUUUCCAAAUUCAAAAAGUUUUCAACCGAAGUCAAUUUUAAUAUGUACUUGGAAAGAUGUUCAUUCUUAUUUAGAUAAAGAUAAUAAGAAAAAUACAUUUCAAGUCGCUAUUAUUAGUGAUAGUGUACAAACAUAUUCUAUCUUUAUGUAUGCAAAAUUAGAAUUUAUUUCAGCUUAUAGUCCUACAAAAUUAGGUCGAGAAGAUCGAUAUGGUGAAGCAGGUUUUACUGAUGGUACACCUCAACAAACAACAGUUUUACCUGGAUCAGGUGGAGAAGCAAUCGUGAACUUGGUUAAGGAAUCAAAUGUUGGUAAGCCAGGUGUAUGGAUUUAUUUGAUUGGAGAUCGACGUCAUUAUGGAAGAUUUCGUGUAAUACCAGCAGGAAGUGAUGAUGAUUAUGAACAAGCUUUUGGACUAGUACAACUAUUUCGAUUGAAAUGUUAUGAUGUAUUAAAGUUGAUUUUAUUUUAUCUUUCUACAGCACCUUAUUCAUCGAACAUGUUUCAACAAGAACGUCAUAAUUUUUAUCCUGAACAAGCAACACCCUUAUCUACAACAACAAUACCACCGGAUGCUAUCGAAUGUCAAACAUGUUCUCGUAAUGCUCAAUGUGAAAAUCAAGGCAAUGGAUAUUGUUGUCGUUGUCUUUUUCCUUAUUUGGGUUCAGGACUUCGAUGUGAACGAGCUGAAAAUUAUCCAGUUGUUGGUAAAAUCAAUGGUACAAUCAAUGGUCAUAAAAUCGAUGCAGAAUUACAUGGUUAUGUUUAUAUGGAAGAUGGUCGAAUACAUAAUUCACUUAUUAAUAUGCCAUUAAUUUAUUCCAAUCUUCAACAAUUGAUACCUUUAUUUAAUACAAUAAAUUGGUUAUUUGGUGCAAUUCAUCGAUUUUCAGAUCCUAUUGAAAAUGGUUUUGCUCUUACAGGUGGAGUAGUAAAUCGUUCAGCUUUAAUACGUAUUUUUGAAGUUGAUAAUACAACAGAACAAUCAAUUUUCAAUAUUGAACAAUACUUUCGUGGAAUUGAAUCAGGUGUUCUUUAUGUUGACACUUAUAUCAAUGGUAGUCUUCCACAUCCAGAAGGAAAUCUAUCGGUUACAAUAGGAAAUAAUAAUAUUAAAUAUACCAAACGAUCAUUAGGUCAUUAUGAUGCAAAAUCGUUAACAACUUAUACAUUAACAUCAAAAAUUGAUACUAAUUCAAGUGUUAUUUAUAAUAUGAGUUAUGAGAUUGAAGAUAGUUUAACAUUUUAUGAAUGUCUACAUAAUCCACAUCGAUCAGCAAAAGAAAUCGUUGUAUCAACUCAUGAUAAUCAUAUUUAUCAUUCAAUUGAAGAAACAACUAUUCGAUUUUUUACUAUUAGUAAAUUUGGUACUCAAGCUCCAAAAUUUGAUCCAUGUGAUUCAUCACCUUGUCAUGGUUUUGCUCAAUGUAUACCAAAUUUAGAACAAAAUUCUUAUGAAUGUAAAUGUAAUCCAGGUUUUAUUGGUGAUGGUAUACGUCGUUGUGAUGAUAUUAAUGAGUGUAUUCAAUCACCAUGUCAUCCAAAUGCAAUAUGUACAAAUACAUAUGGAAAUUUUACAUGUGAAUGUAAACAAAAUUAUAUUGGAAAUGGAUUUUUUUGUAAACCUAUUAAUGGUGAAAUUGAAACAUGUACAACAAAAAUUUGUCCACAAUUUUCCACAUGUAUACAAGAUCCACAUACAAGACAAGCCCGUUGUUUAUGUAAAGACGGUUGGCAAAUGACUGAUGAUCAUGAAAAUCAUGUACAUGGAGUUUAUAAAUCUGUUUGUAAACCAAAACAAUGUAAUGAAUAUUAUAAUUGUGAUACAAAUGCCAAUUGUCUUAUUAAUGAAAAUACACAAAAAUAUGAAUGUAUAUGUAAACCAGGUUUUUAUGGUGAUGGAUAUUCAUGUACAGCACAUUUUUGUUCAUCUGAUGGUGAUUGUGGAUAUAAUGCACAUUGUUUACCUGAUGAACAACGGCCAGGUUUUAGUAAAUGUGUUUGUGAUCCAGGAUAUCUUAAUGAUGGUACAACAUUUUCAACUUGUGUUAAAGAUGUAAUUUCAUGUAAUAUUGAAAAUAAAUGUCAUGCCAAUGCUCAAUGUGUAUAUAAUGAACGUAUAGAUCGACAUGUAUGUUUAUGUCGAACUGGUUAUAAAGGUGACGGAAUAACAUGUCGACAUGAACAUUCUUGUGUUGAAAAUGCUACAAUAUGUUCGCCAUCAGCUGCUUGUGUUUAUGAUUCAAUUCUACAAGAUAAUGUUUGUUCAUGUCGAGAUGGUUUUGUUGGUGAUGGAAUACAUUGUGCUGAAACGCUUGGUGGACCUAAAGAACAAUUUUUAAUUGUUAAUCAAGGACAAACUAUUUUAAAAGUACCUUUAACAGCAUCAGGUUUAACAACUAAUACUGAUAAUCGUAUUCUUUAUGUACCACGAAUGCGUGCUGUGGGUAUUUCAACUGAUUGUCGUCAACAAUUUGUUUAUUUUACUGAUACAUCAGGAAAGACAAUACAACGAAUGAAAUAUGAUGGUAGUGAACAAAAAAUAAUUCUUAGCGGACUUGGAAGUCCUGAAGGUAUUGCUGUUGAUUGGGUAUCACGUUUAGUAUUUUGGACAGAUUCAUUAUUAAAACGUGUUGAAGUAGCUAAACUAGAUGGUAGUCUGCGUAAAGUUCUUCUUGAUAAAAAUAUUCAAAAUCCACGUGGUAUUGCUAUUAAUCCAGAACUUGGAUAUAUCUUUUGGACAGAUUGGAAUCGACAAAAUCCUCGUAUUGAACGUGCUAAUAUGGAUGGUAGUGAACGUAAAAUUCUUGUUUCCGAUAAACUUGGUUUACCCAAUGGACUCUAUUAUGAUCAUCAUCGUCGAGAAUUAUGUUGGGGAGAUGCAAAAAUGAAAACAGUUGAAUGUGUAAGAGAUGAUGGAUCAAAUCGACGUGUUAUUUUAGCUGAUCAAACAACAAUGAUAUUUGGCCUUAGUGAUGGACUUCAAUAUGCAUAUUGGACAGAUUGGUCAACCAAUAAAAUUGGUCGAAUUGAUAAAACACCAAGUCAUGCACCAGAUAGUGUUCUUUUACCAUCUGGUGGUAAUGGAAAAUUAUAUGGAUUAGUUGCAGUUAAAAAUUCAUGUCCAAAUGAUAUUAAUAAUGUUUGUAGUGAAAAUAAUGAUUGUACGGUUGGUCAAUUAUGUUUACCAAAUUUAAGUCUUCGUGCUAAACGUAUUUGCCAAUGUGCUGAUAAUGCUGGUUUACAAUGCCUUCUUCGUGAACGACCACCACCACCACCGCCACCUCAAUUGGGCUAG